CAGUUUCUUUCUUCUCCGACUGCGGUGCAGUUUCUGCCCUCCGAAACCUAUUUUGACCUCUCCAGUUUCUCUCUCUAUUUUACCAUUCCCUCUCCUCGUUGUUAUGCCAAAAUAAAAUUUUUUCCCUUUUCAAUUCUCUUUGUUUACUCUUUUCUGAUUUACCUCUCUAGGGUUCCAACUAUUUAUAACAAAGAGGAGAGGGAAAAAUAUCAAAAAAGGAAUAAAAAUCAAAUUUGCUUCUUGGGAAGGAAUGGCGCAGAUUCAGAUGCAGCAUCAGAAUGUAUUGGUGGCAUCCGUUGGACCGAACGGAGUGCCUGCGGCCACUGCGGCGCCAGGUGGAGGGACUAGCCAAUUUCCCUCGACUUCUUUGUAUGUCGGGGACUUGGAUUUUAGUGUUACGGACUCUCAGCUGUACGAUCUGUUCAACCAGGUUGGUCAGGUUGUUUCUGUUAGGGUGUGUCGGGACCUGAGCACUCGGCGCAGCCUUGGCUAUGGUUAUGUCAACUAUAGCAGCCAGCAGGAUGCGGCGAGGGCAAUGGAAGUGCUGAACUUCACUUCUUUGAAUAACAAGUCGAUCCGAAUAAUGUUUUCUCAUCGAGACCCAACUAUUCGAAAAAGUGGAGCUGCAAACAUAUUUAUAAAGAAUUUGGACAAGUCAAUUGAUAACAAAGCACUACAUGAUACUUUUUCAAGCUUUGGGAACAUACUUUCUUGCAAAAUAUCCACAGAUCCUGCUGGGCAAUCUAGGGGCUAUGGGUUUGUACAAUUUGAUAAUGAAGAUUCUGCACAAAAUGCUAUAGACAAGUUGAAUGGCAUGCUUAUUAAUGAUAAGCAGGUGUAUGUUGGGCAUUUCCUCCGUAAGCAGGAGAGAGAAUCAACGCAGAAUAAGACCAAAUUCAACAAUAUCUACGUGAAAAAUCUUGCAGAGUCGACUACAGAUGAUGAUCUGAAGAAAAUUUUUGGUGAGUAUGGAGCAAUCACCAGUGCUGUAGUGAUGAGGGAUGCUGAUGGGAAGUCAAAAUGCUUUGGCUUUGUCAACAUGGAGAAUGCUGAUGAUGCCGCUCAAGCUGUUGAAGCUCUAAAUGGUAAUAAAUUUGGUGAUGAGGAGUGGUACGUUGGGAAAGCUCAGAAGAAAUCUGAGAGAGAACAAGAACUGAAAAGUCGAUUUGAGAAGAACACAAAGGAAGCUGUUGACAAAUAUCAAGGAGUUAAUUUGUAUGUUAAGAAUUUGGAUGAUAGCAUAGAUGAUGACAAACUCAAGGAACUGUUUUCGGAGUUUGGUACCAUUGUAUCAUGCAAGGUUAUGCGAGAUCCCAGCGGAGUGAGCAGAGGAUCUGGAUUUGUUGCAUUCACAGCUCCUGAAGAAGCUUCUCGAGCACUUUCUGAGAUGAAUGGGAAAAUGGUGAUCAGUAAGCCGCUCUAUGUAGCAUUUGCACAGAGGAAAGAAGAGAGAAAGGCAAGGUUACAGGCACAGUUUGCCCAAAUGAGGCCAGUUGCAAUGCCACCAUCAAUUGCUCCUCGUAUGCCAAUCUAUCCUCCUGGUGCACCUGGUAUUGGGCAGCAACUAUUUUAUGGGCAAGCUCCCCCUGCUAUUAUUCCUCAGGUAAUUCUUGUUCCCUGUGUAAAACUUUUUCUGUUCAAUUUUUUUCUGUGUUUUUUGCCACCCGUCCAUCAGGGCCAACGCCCUGGUAGAAGAGGGGCAAGUCCUAUGCAACAGACUCAGCAGCCUUUGCCGAUGAUGCCACAGCAGAUGCUGCCGAGGGGGGGACGGAUGUAUCGAUAUCCUCCCAGUCGAAAUGUGCAGGAAGUGCCAAUGCCUGGUGUCGCUGGAGGCAUGCUUUCUUCUCCUUAUGACAUGGGUGGUAUGCUUCCACGAGAUGCUGCUAUACCCCAGCCUAUGCCAAUUACAGCUCUGGCUUCUGCUCUGGCAAAUUCAACGCCUGAACAACAGAGGACGAUGUUGGGUGAGAAUCUGUAUCCUCUUGUUGAUCAACUGGAGCAUGAACAUGCUGCAAAAGUUACAGGCAUGCUUCUGGAGAUGGACCAGACAGAGGUUUUACACUUGCUUGAAUCACCAGAUGCUUUGAAAGCAAAGGUGGCCGAAGCUAUGGAGGUCCUGGGGAAUGUUCAACAGGCUAAUAGCCCAGCGGAUCAACUUGCUUCACUGUCCCUCAAUGACAACCUUGCUUCUUGAGGUAUUUUGGCGUUUAUAAAGCAGAUGUGGCCCUUCCAGUUUGAAUCAGCAUUUUGGUAGUGAGGUGGUAGAAUGUUGGGAUGAAUUUUGUGGAACUAUUUUUAGAGUUGAAUUUGCCAGAUUGUAUUUUGGUUUCAGAAUGAUUUUUGGGAUUCUUUUCUUGGUUUGCAUUAUGGCGCAGCUUGGUAUCCGUGGAUUUGGUUCUCCAUAUCUCUCUUUCAUCUAGGUGCUCUCUUAACGGGUUAUCUGAUGGGUAUGGAGUUCAUUACCUAAUAAUGAGUUUGACAUUCUUAUGCAUCAUUCUAGUUCCUUGGUGAAUGAAGAUCACUUGAAUGUCAUGUUUAUGAAUAAAAUGCAAAUACUUGACUGUACCAAAACUCAAACUUUCCGUUGUUCAAUGUAUAAAUGAAAUUGCAUUAGUUUUCCUCCCGUGGAGACAUA